AUGAACAAUGGAAGUUUGAUAGUUACCGACAUUGAUGCUGACACGGCAGACAAUUUGAAACUGUACAUGUGCAAAGUUCGUGGACGUAGAAAGCCGAGUAUUGCAUUUACGGUAGAGCUGGAGGAUGAACUACCCGUUGUGAAUGUAGAACCUAAGAAGCUUUCACUUGUACCUGGUGACACACUUCAACUGUCUUGCAAUCUCAGUGGUUCGCCCCUCACUACCAAGAUUGAAUGGACCAAAAAUGACCAGAAAAUCAUUCCGGAUGAAAUCGUACAAAUACUGCCCAACAAUACGCUUUUGAUUACAACCGCUGAGGAGUUUGACACCGGUUUGUAUAAAUGCAUAGCAAUCAGCCCUAUAGGCAGCGCAUAUGAUCAAGCAAAAGUGAUUGUGGAAGACCCUUCGCCGAUGCUUUCAGAAGCUUCAGAAGCAUACACUAUGAGAACGUCGCCUGAAGAAACUUCCGAGCAAGAAAGUUCGGGAGACACGAAUAAAAAUGAAGUUGACGUUACAGCCACCACCCAAGCUAUUCUUCAACCAACCACUGACAUUGCUGAAGACGAAAUUACUAUGUCAACGUCUCAUCCAGCCGUUACUCCUAUUACUCCUGAAGUUUUGAUAGUGACGACGCCGAUGACGACGUCUACUACCGCCUCCACCACCAUCUCCACCGCCUCCACCACCUCCACCACCUCCGCUACUACCACCACCUCCGCUGACACCACUACUACCAGUGUCACGUUGGUAACAACGGCUGAAGCACCUCUGACGGAGGGAUCCGGCGAUUACGAGUACACUGAUGGAGAUUCGGAACAUCUACAUUACGCUCUGGCAGAUGCUGACUCAAUGUGUCCACAUGGAACCCGUUACCAAGAUGGCCAAUGCAUAGGUCAGUCUGUUUUUUCCUUUGGUUGA